AUGGGGAACAAGUCAGUUGACGAUACUGCGGGUCCAACACCCCAGGUCCAAGGUACAGAGUUGCCAUCCUCUUUGAUAAAUGAUGAGUUGUCGGCGGCCCGGUCGCAUGGCGUUGCAUCGACCGAUGAAACCAGUGCUGCUCGCCAGUCAUCGACUCGGCGGCAGAAAAAAUGUCGCUUUUUCAAAUCCCAAAAGGGAUGUCGACUUGGAGAAGCAUGUCCGUAUCUACAUGAUGUCUCGGCCAUCGAGGCUAAGCAGUCUUCAUUGGGGCAGCAGACACCAGCCCAAUCCUCGGGAAAUGAAAGCCAGAGCUCGGCGCAAGCCAUUGUCACUGGGACUGAGAGAUUGAACAUUGGCGGGAAUCAGUCGAAGCAGAGCCCUGCCGCAGCUCCUGUCCAUCCCCAAAGACCAGUUUCCAAAUUGGAGCAGUCAGACCCAAGAGAGUUUCAGAUUAACCAAUUGAGGCGGCGUUACCGUCCACAGGAGGUUAAUGAUGCCCAGGGCUCUACUUUGACCUUUGGCUUGGUACCUUCUGACCCGGACUUCCCCUUUGAGCUUGAAAGACUUCAAUGUAUUCUUCAUGUCCCAAGCUCAUACCCAAAAGGGCGACCCACGCUUGCAGUUACCAAUUCUGAAAUGGAAGCUGCAUAUCAAGCAAAUAUCGCCAGAGGCUUCAAUGAUAUUGUCGAUUUUACAUACCGCACUAAUGGCCAAGGAACUCUUUUGGCCUGGCUGAAUAGCCUGGACAAAAAGCUCGAAUUAUUGCUAACCACCCUGGAGCGUGGGCCAACGCUGAAGUUCUUUUCUAACGUUGGUGAUGGAUCCACAACCAAAGAACCUAUCAAGGCACCAGAGAAGACUUCAACCCAGCCGAGUUCGUCUCAAGGCCAAGUUAAAACGCAGAGUGUUGCUGCCAAGCCAGCACCACAAGCAAGACCUGUAGCGCCUAGACACACAGCCGAAGCAAAAGCUGCCGCUGAGAAGAGACGAGCAGCUGAGACAAAACAGCUCGAGGCACGCCUUGGAAGACUGCCGAUGUACCAAAAAAUGCAAGAUGGCAGGACAUAUGUUAUUCCCAUCCAGCCAACCAAAAAAGAUCGCCUACCGCGAACACUUCAGGUACUCAAGACUGUGAAAUUGAUUGUGCCCCAGCUCUACCCGCUCGAGCACAGCUCAAUCAAGUUGCAGGGAGUCGAUGGCCCUGAAGUGAAAGCCACAGAACUGGGAUUCACCCAGUGGGUAGAACAGACUUCGCAGCUGAGUCUAGUAUCGCAGGUCAACUACCUAGCGAGCAACAUCCAUAAAUUCGCUGAAACACCCUUGCCAGAAGAGCAGGAGGCUGCCGAGGAUGUACCUCCCACCGUCGAAGAGGAAGAAGAUGAGGUUGUGGAGGAGCCUACAAAAGGGCCUCCCGUGUCAACUCAAGAUAGUGAAGACAGGCCACAUCUUGUUGUCAUCCCACGGCCACCCGAAUGGUCGGUUCCUAACCCCGCCAGUGGAGGCGAGGGGACAUCAGAUGAGUCCAGUUACGACGAAGACGAGUUUUCAGAUGAAGAGGAAGAUGAAGAAGGCGGUGCACCCGUCCCCGCAUCCGUGGACAACAACGCACCCGGAAGAGGCGUCGCACUCUCCUUCCCGUACUUGGAACUCUACGGAAUUGAGCUGCUGGAAAUCCUGAACCUCAAUAUCACGAUCAAAUGUGACAGAUGUAAGGUGGAGGUCGACGUCAAGAACGUGCCACAAAUUACAGAUGAGAAGGGCCAGAUGCCGAAAAUGGAGUCGUGCAGGAAAUGCGCUAAUAACAUGAGUGUCGCGUUCCGGAAACAGUUGAUGCAUUCCCAUGCCAAUCGUGCUGGUUACCUUGAUAUGGGCGGCUGUACGAUUGGAGACAUGCUUCUUAGUGACUUCAUCCCAACAUGCUCUGAGUGCUCGACUCCCCAUCCCGCACCGGGUAUACCUGCAGUUCGUGGCGAGAGUGCUAUGGGUAUAUGUCGCCAGUGUCAUCGCAAAAUGGUGUUCAAGAUCCCUGAGGUGAAAUUCCUUCUGGUGGGAAGUGCAGCAAUUACUGCUCGUGGAGCUCUCCCCCUCAAAAGAAAGCCCCAGGAAGUCCUCGGCAUUGUCGCAGGACAAGAACUUCCACGACGCGGUCGUUGCCAGCAUUAUGCGAAGAGUCAACGCUGGUUCAGAUGCCACGACGCGGAAACUGAUCACCCGAACGAACAUGCGAAUCGUAUGAUAUGUGGCUACUGCUCCCGCGAGCAAAUCUACAGACCUGAAAACUGCGGUAUCUGUAAAGCGGUCUUGAUCGGAAAGGCAGGUAGUGGGUUCUGGGAGGGUGGAAAAGGAACGAGAAACCGAACUCUGAUGAGUCGGAAAGAUCCGAGGAAGUUCAAGCGGGUUGGAGCUAAUGCUCCUACUUCGAGUUCAUCGAAGCGGAAGUAA